CUUAUACCAUAUUUCUCUUCUCGUCCUCCCCCAUAACGCCAAGGAUCUCCUCUUCUUCUUCGUCUUCCUACUCCCUCUGCCUUCCAUUUCCAUUAACAUGGCCUCUCUUUUGCAAGCUCUUGCCCAGCAACCUGCAGCAAGCUUCACCAAACAAAAAUUUUUUCCGAUUGCUUUACAUGGGAAUCGGAUUUCGGCGCCACUGAAGAAGAUAUCGAUUAAGGAAGGCUCUGCUCAAUGUGGUCCAUUGUUUGAAACUGCAUUGCAACCGCUAUCUGUAUAUGCUUCGUUGGCUUGCAAAGCCGCUACCAUCUCUGUCCCCGAUUUGGUGGAUGAAAGAGUAGAUUUCAAUCAAAUUGCUACGGACUUACUUGAAGCGUCCCCUUUGGAAAUAAUAGACAAAGCUCUGUCAAUGUUUGGUAAUGACAUUGCUAUUGCAUUCAGUGGAGCAGAGGAUGUUGCACUGAUUGAAUAUGCCAAACUGACAGGUCGACCAUUUAGAGUGUUUAGUCUCGACACUGGAAGGCUUAAUCCUGAAACGUACCAAUUAUUUGCUGAGGUUGAGAAGCAUUAUAACAUUCAUAUUGAAUAUAUGUUUCCUGCGGCCGAGGAAGUUCAAGCCUUAGUAAGGAGUAAAGGGCUAUUUUCCUUCUAUGAAGAUGGGCAUCAGGAAUGUUGCCGGAUACGUAAGGUGAAGCCGUUGAGAAAGGCACUCAAAGGCCUCAGGGCAUGGAUAACUGGGCAACGCAAGGAUCAAUCUCCUGGCACACGAGCCAACGUUCCUGUUGUACAGGUCGACCCUUCAUUUGAAGGAUUGGAUGGGGGUGUCGGAAGUCUUAUCAAGUGGAACCCCUUGGCAAAUGUGCAAGGCAAUGAUGUGUGGAUGUUCUUGCAGACUAUGAAUGUACCAGUCAAUACCCUUCACUAUAAGGGAUAUGUCUCAAUAGGAUGUGAACCAUGCACUAGGCCAAUUCUACCAGGACAACAUGAAAGGGAAGGACGCUGGUGGUGGGAGGAUUCAAAGGCAAAAGAGUGUGGAUUGCACAAGGGAAAUAUUGAAAACAUAAAUGGAGACAACAAAAACUCUGUACAAGUUGCAAAUGGAGCUGGUGAUCUUUUCUCAAGUAAGAAUGUGCUGAGAUUGACAAGAGAAGGUAUUGAAAGACUUGCAAGCUCAGAGGAAAGGAAGGAAUCGUGGCUUGUGGUUCUAUAUGCGCCUUGGUGCCAAUUUUGUCAGGCGAUGGAAGCAUCUUACAAUGAAGUAGCAUUGGCACUUAGAGACUCCGGAGUUAAGGUAGCUAAAUUUCGUGCCGAUGGAGAACAUAAAUCCUUUUCCCAACAACAUUUGCAACUUGGGACAUUUCCAACCAUCUUGUUGUUUCCCAAGCACGGCUCCAAGGCUAUAAAAUAUCCCUCUGAAAAAAGGGAUGCGCAGUCUUUGCUUGCAUUUGUGAAGUCUCUUCAAUGAUAUCCUCUCUUACGAGCAAGUAUUUUACUGCAAUUUUCUAUUGUUUGCUUCUAAUUAGUGGAGAGUACAGCCAAAUUAUUGUAUCAUAUGCGUUCACUUGUCUCAGAGAGCUUCAGUAGUUGAUCACAGUGAUCGCUGUGCUUAUUGUACACUAGACAAUCUGAAAAUAACUGCCUUUUCAAGAUAGUGGAUGAUAAUUAUCCAUGUCACGGGUUACUGCAUACAAAAGAUUUUGCUCCAAGAAAGCAGGAAAAUUUGGGUGGUCUAGAUCAACUAGAAACAGGUCAUGUUCUAGAGAUAUAAAUCUACAAGUUGCAUUGGUAAUUUUUUGGGUACCUUUGCCUGAAGAGUGAUUGUACUUUUCCAGGCUGAUAAAAAUUCUGUAAAAUGAAAUAAAAAUGAAGAAAGGCUUUCUUCAUUGAAUUUGACGUUA